AUGAAGGGAAGAAAGCCAGACAGCAAGAUCAACGGCCGCGGCAUCCGUCGCGGCUGCGAGGCCGCGAUGGUGAAGCUGGAGAAUUUGUACUUCCACGAGUUCGACAACGAGGCGGCGCCUCUUGGGGUGCGUCGCAUCCAGCGUGUUGCAGAUUCCCGACCUUCCAUGAGGCCUAACAUUUUCAUCCAGCCUGAGCUGAUCAGCCGGCUGGACCCGUUCCGCAGGGUGUACUACGACGAGUGCCGUCCGCUUUUUCCGUGCCCGUCUGAAUCGCCGGGUGCGUUUUUAUCGGAGGAGACGCUGCGCCGUCAAGCUGAGGCUGCUGCCUCCAUAUGGAAGAUCGAGCCUUUUCCCCGCUCUGGCCCCGACCAGGCAGCGUCGUUAAACAACUGCGGCUACUUAAGCUACAAGGGCGCGAUUCAGCACACGUCGUUCAUUUUACCUACCCAGCGGACGCCUGUGCGCACGGGCACGGAGCAGUCUGGCGGCGCUGGCAGCACCCUGUCCGGCAAGAAGGGCAGCCCGUCUAACUCGCUGAAGGCGCUGUCGCACCGUCUGAAGGACAUUCUGAAGAGCGCCAUGACGGAUUCCGACUUGCGCUACAUCAAGGGCGACGAGCUGGUGCUCGGUGGCUGCGCCGUGGACGAGGUUGAGAUCUGCACCCCUAAACACCAGGACCGCAACAACCAGCACACCGUCACCAAGGACAGCGUGGACAGUGCCCCCGACCCCAUAACGCACGAGAUUGGGUUUAAGGAACCCCCGCAUACGAAUGCGGGCACCGACGGCAGCGGUGAGGAUGGCUUCAUCGACGCGGUUUCGCUGAGCUCCUCGUCGGAGGAUGCCAACGACGGUGACGACACGACCAGGCACGCCGACUCGCGUGCCGCUGAGUCGCGUGAUGCCGGCGCUGUUGCCAGUGGCAAUACGGAUCGUCCGCGUGCUGCGGAUUCUGGAGGCGCGCUGGCGCUGAGCGCCCCCCGCACUCAGAUUGACGGGGCUGGCAGUGAUCAGCGCCGGGGUGUCGAGGCACCUUCGCCGACGGUGACCCCCUCGGCGGCCGUGCAUUGCUACCCGCCCACCGCUCUGAUGCGCUUUCACCUUUUACAAGGCAGCAAGAAGCGUCUUGCCCAGGGAACUGCCGAUAUUAACAGCCCGUCGCUGUCUUCACACCAGUCCAAAGACCCCAUAGCCCCGCAAAUAGCUCGUGAUAGGUGUCUGGAUACUAAACCGCCGGCCAAAUCGGCGUCGCAGACCGAGGUGGGCCCGCGUCCGGUGGGCCCCGUGCCCGGUCGAGAGACCAUGUCCGACCCCAGCGAGUCCAGGAACCCGGAUGCGCCGGCCCCGAGGUCCGUCGCGAAACGCGGGUCUACCGUUAUCGACGCUGGCGGGGACGUGCUGGCGUUGAAGUCUGCGCACCUGAUCAGCAACGUGGUCGAGGUGAAUCCGUCAGGCCGCGGUGGUAUCCUGCAGCACCUGAAGCAGCUGAACAACCCGGUCGAGAGCGCGAGGGUCGCUGCGCUGGAGGCGACGAUUUCGAGCGACGACGAAGGGCGUCCUACGGGCAAGCUGGUCGACAAGAAGCACUCCAUCGAGCUGCGCCGCAACAGCCUGUACCGCGAGUUCAUAGACAACUACAACGAAAAGCGCAAAACGAAGUUUCUGAAGGGCAUCCGCAUCCCUCUGAAGAAGAACGACACGCAGACUACGCUGCAGUUCGGCGACCUGCCGAAUGCGAGCAGUCGCAGCGCGGGUUGCGGCAACACGCCCCCGCACUCCGCCCCCUCCGACAGGGCGCCCGCCCUGUCUACCGACGACGAAUCUCCGCCGCACAACAGUCGCUACUACGGUCGGCGCGCCUCCACCGGCGGCUACGCGCGAGAGCACGGCGGUCGCGAGUACCAGGAAGAGUACCCGCCGGAUGACGGCUACAAGCGCAGGUCGUCGAUCGAGCGUUACGAGGAGCCGCGCGACUACGCGCCAAUGCGGUCGAACCGCUGGUCCAGUGACACCAUGUACGACUCGCACGUGCAUCCCAGUGACGGCGACUGGUACCACUACCGCCCGCUGUCGAGGCAAGGCAGCAUGUCGUCCAUGACCGCCAGCGACGGCAACACGGCGGAGUCGCUACACUCCAGCCACGUCUACCGCGACCGGUCGUUCGACUGUUACGAUGAGUACGAGAGCCGCUCCGGCUGCAGCCGACGCACGCAGCGGUUGGGUGAUUACGUGCGUGACUCGGAGCGCUCCCGCCACCGCGGGUCCGAGCUGAGCGUGCUGCAGUCGAGCUACCCGCCGGAGUACCGCGAGAGCUACAGCAAGUACCGUGAGAGCGAGCGGUACGCGCCAGAACACGACCGGCGUGACUACCACUCGUCGGACUACCGGUCGCGGGACCGCGACUACGCGUACCGCCCUCGGCAUCGCGCGUACGACAUGGACGCUCCGCGCCACUACGGCCGCCGUUGGGAUGCGUGA